AUGAUCAACGGCAGCCCGAAGGGCUGUCCUAAUGGUCAGGCUUAUGGCAGUGAAAAUGGCUGGCAGAAUGGCCAGAUGAAUGGCCGAGUGAAUGGCUAUGUGAACGGUAAAGUAAGUGGCCAUGUGAAUGGCUACGCGAAUCGGAACGUGAAUGGUCAGGUGAACGGCCAGGUCAACGUCCAAGUUAACGGACAGCUGAACGGCAAACUCAACGGCCAAGUUAACGGCCAGGUGAACGGCAAGGUCAACGGCCAAGUUAACGGCCAGGUGAACGGCAAGGUCAACGGCCUACUUAACGGCCAGGUUAACGGCAAGGUCAACGGCCAAGUCAUCGGCAAGCCCAACGGCCAAGUCAACGGUCAACUCAACGGUCAAGUCAACGGCCAGGGGCCUGCGGUGGGGCCGUACGAGUACCCGUUUCCGGACGUGAUGUCGUGGGCGUGGGACGCGGACAGCAGCGCGUGGAGCCACUUCGAAAAUGGAAACGCUCCGUCCGGCCAGCAGCUCCUGAGCUACGACGAUAACGGAAAUGUUGAUGCCCAUGAGAAAGAUAAUGCUCAGUCUGGUGCCGGCGGCGGCGGUAUCGGAGCUGCUGCUGCUGCUGCAGAAGCGGGAAAUGCGGAAGGGGCGCUUGAGCUUGCGCGCGCGGUUGCGCUGCGGGCUGUAGCACGGGCGGUGGCGGUAGUGGCGGUGCUGCGGUCCGCGUUGCCGUAUGGCAGCUGGUGGCGCAUGGAAGAGGAUGCGGAGAAGGCGCAGGGGCAGGGGAAAGCGGCUGGGAAGAACAUGGGUCACGAGGCGGCGGCUGGUGAGGGGAAGGGGGAAGGCGGAGCGGAGCCGGCGGAAGCCGAGGGGGUGGGGAGCCUGGCGGAUGCGGGUCGCAAGCUGUGGCGAUUUUGCGCGCCGGAUAAGGCACUGGUGGUGCUGGCGUUCGUCUUCCUGUCGCUUGCUGCGAUAUCGGAGGUGACGAUCCCGCAUCUGCUGGCGUCGACAAUCUUCGCGGCGUCCAACAACAUGGGCGCGCAGUUCGCGCACAACGCCAAGCUGCUCGUCGCGCUCACGCUCGCGUGCGGGGCCUUCAGCGGGCUGCGCUCCUUCUGCUUCACGGUGCUCAACAUGCGCAUGGUGUGCCGCAUGCGAGAGGCGCUCUUUUCAACAAUCAUGCACCAGGACGUGAGCUUCUUUGACAAGGAAUCGGUAGGCGACCUGACGUCACGCCUGGGCGCGGACUGCCAGCAGGUGGCGCAGAGCACAGCGGGGGAUGUCAACGUGAUGCUGCGCAACGCGCUGCAGGGCGCGGGCGCCAUGUGCUUCCUGCUGCGCCUCUCCUGGCGCAUGGCGCUCAUCUCCGCGGGCCUGUGUGCCCUCAUGUGGUGCUGCCUCGUCGCCUACGGCAGGUUCCAGAGGGAGAGCGCCCGCCUCAUACAAGACACUGUUGCAUCAGCCAAUGAGGUGGCAGAGGAGACCAUCUCACUGGCCCGUGUGGUCCGCACCUUUGGCACGGAGCAGCAGGAAGUCAACAGGUACAAGGUGCCGUUGCAGCGCCUGCAGCAUGUGGGUCUGAGGCGCUCUGUGGCGUAUGGCAUGUGGAACUUUGGCGGCAACACCAUCUACAAUGCCACACAGGUCCUUGCCCUGAUCAUGGGCGGCAGUGCAGUGAUGUCGGGCGCCAUCACAGCAGAGCAGCUGACACAGUUCAUUCUGUACGCCGAGUGGGUGGUGCACGCCACCUGGUGGGUGGGCGACCACUGGGCGUCCCUCAUGGACUCCCUGGGCGCCUGCAGCCGCGUCUUUCAGCUGUUAGACCUGCCUCCCUCGCCACAGCUCGCCAAGACACAAGGCGUACAGAUGCCAUGGCUGCAAGGCAAUAUAGAGUUUCGGGAUGUGUCCUUCCGAUACCCGACCCGUCCUGAGACUCCUGUGCUGUCCCACGUGAAUCUGACCAUCAAUCCAGGCGAGUUGGUGGCGCUGGUGGGGCUGAGUGGCAGUGGAAAGAGCACUCUCGUGGGGCUGCUGCAGCAGCACUACGAGCCCACACAAGGAGAGAUUCUUUUGGACGGUGUUCCUAUAAAGGAGUUUGACACUAAAUGGCUGCGCGGGCAGAUGGGGGUAGUCAGCCAGGAGCCUCGUCUCUUCAGCACAGACGUGGCAGCAAACAUUUCGUACGGCUCGGGCAGCCGGAAAAAGAGCCACGAGGAGAUCACACGCGCGGCCUGCGCGGCCAACGCGCACGACUUCGUUUCGGAGCUGGCCGAGGGGUACGCAACAGUGGUGGACAACUCGCGGCUGAGCGGCGGGCAGAAGCAAAGGAUCGCGAUUGCCCGGGCUCUGGUUCGGGACCCAAAGAUACUGAUUCUGGAUGAGGCGACGAGUGCGCUGGAUGUGGAGAGUGAGAGGAACGUGCAGGGGGCUCUAGAUGAGGCGAUGAAGAGGGGGAAGAACGGCCGGCGUGAUCGUACCGUCAUUGUGAUUGCACACAGGCUGUCAACCAUCCAGGCAGCAGACCGCAUUGUGGUGAUGGCUCAUGGCAGGAUAACGGAGGUGGGAACACAUGCACAGCUCAUGGCCAAGGGUGGUGAAUAUGCCAGGCUGGUGAACAUGCAAGAUCAUACACCAGCAUUCGCUAUGCCUUAG